AUGACAGGUGAACCAAGAAAGUUCAUGAUACCUGAAAAUCAGGAUCAGCUUGGAAGUGAGAAGUUGCGUGAAAGUCUAAUCUCUCACCUCCGAGAUCCCGAGAACAGUCACACCAUAACCUCGAUCGCAGACUCUCUUUCUGGUGAAGAUCUGCUUAAGCUUGUCGAUGCAAUUCUAGAAGGAGAUAUUAAAGUUGAAGUCGAACUGAAACUGAGGCUGCCGGCUCAUCUGGAGGGUUAUCUAGAGAUCGAGCCGGUCGACGUGAAUGUAGCACAAAUCUGUUUGAAGUUAUUGUCUCUACUAAUUGCUGAGAUUGCUGAAGCUGACGGUAAAUCAGAAACUGAUACUGACAACUGCAUCAUGGCCUUAAUUUCUGACGAUACCCUAUCCGCCAUAUUAAAACGGCUCAUUGGGUUGGGAGAAUUGAUGGGCGCCUCCUUGAACCCGGAGGACACAGCACCUACUGAUGCUUCAUCGGGUUCCAACUCAUCUAAAACCGUCCAACCAACUCCUCUUGCUUUGCGCGUUCUUGUCGUCUACCUUCAGUGGAGCCUGCACAUCUACAAAAACCACUUUCUGGCUGUUGGUGGUAAGAAUGAAUGCAUUGCGGCUUUCGACGAAACGCUAUUUCAACCACCGUAUUCAUCCACCUCGAAACCGUAUGAUAAGUUGGUGAAACGCUUUGAAACGAAGGUUUGGAAUCCUCUACAGCCUCUACUGAGGACUGUUGUACCGGAGGCGUUUCGUCUGACCAACCCUGCUGGAACCGCCAAAUUGCUGACUCUCUGUCGCAAACUCAUCCUUCGUCUGGCAAGGCUCUUUCCUGUAGUUGUUGUGAACAGUCUCAAUACCGGCUUUAUGUCAUCCUUGCUCGCCAACCGGUCUACUGGUGAGGAGAUAGCUCUUAAGAGCCUCACGGGGAUGAGCUUUCUUCGGGAUAUUUGCAAUCUUCUGGAGACCUCACAGAUGGGUUACGAAAUAAACGACUCGAAAGAAACCAAUGCCUCCAUCGAUAUUAUCGGUAGACUGACCUCUGUUCUCGGUCUUGCAGUCAAAGGAACCACGAUUCUAGACCACUUCGACGGAGAAGUUGAUGGACAAUGCUGUGGUAAAUGCAAGAUUGCAGCGCAAGCGCGGUUAGCGGAAGGAUUUUGUGAUGUCAUGGUUAUACUUCGCAUCCUUGUCGUCAAUGCCUGGCUUGUUGAAUUUGCUCUCCGGUUCGGACUAUCCCGGCUAUUCGAUCCAGUCGUCCCUGUUGUACCGGGAGAGGAGGAGGCGUACGUAUCGACCUGGGUGUCCGAAGCAGCACUGACAGUUCUUCGGCGACUGAUGAAACUGGAACCGCCCUCCAUUUUGGACUGGAACUUCUACUACCACCAGGAUCACGCUCUACGAGCUUUCUAUACUCCGUGCACGCUGCGUAACUCCGCGGAAUCCAUUUUACAGUGUUGUCGCAACAGCUGUUCUUAUUCCUUCGCCUUUCGGGCGGCUUGGCAGCGUGCGUACGCUGAGGUGGCAUCGGAAAUUGCCUCGCUUGACAGGGAUCAUCUAGCAAUAUCUUUUGAAUAA